UAUAAUCUCAUUGACAUCGCGGGCACAAUCUAGGGCAUCGUCAUCGCGUCAUUUUGUCUUCGCAGUUGUUAAUUGAUGCUCUGAAUAUAAUUUACCUUCGCAGCUCCAUCCCCAUCCUGGGACGAGUUUCCCAAUCUCUGCUCGAAGAUUUUACCUGAUUAUCGUUUUGUUUGCUUGCAGAAGUUCACAGAUUCGUAGUUCGUUCUGUCUGUCUAUCUAUUUGAUUUUGCGUGCAUAUAUUGGACACAAAUCUGGUGGCCUAUUGUAUGUUCCAUUACGUUCGGUGAUUCGAGAAUGGCAGAGGAUUGUAAAGGCCAGAAAAGCCGCAAGCGUCGCCGUUUAACGUGGGACGUUGCCCCGCCGGGGCAGCCUGAGGCUUAUCAAAGGGAUGGUGAGGAUAUCCAGUGUAGGGCACCUCCGGCUUCAGUGCUGCGGCGAUAUGUUUCUCCUCCGAGGAGAGACGACGAUCGCGAAGGCCAUUACGUUUUCAGCCUGGGCGAGAAUCUCACUCCUAGAUAUAAAAUACUUGGCAAGAUGGGUGAAGGCACAUUUGGUCGAGUAUUGGAAUGUUGGGAUCGCCAAACAAGAGAUUAUGUAGCUAUCAAAGUUGUUAGAAGCAUAAGCAAGUAUCGCGAUGCAGCAAUGAUCGAGAUUGAUGUACUUCAGUGUCUUGCUGAACAUGAAAAAGAUGAUUCCCAUUGUGUUAAGAUGCUGACUUGGUUUGAUUAUCGCAAUCAUAUAUGUAUAGUAUUUGAGAAGCUUGGACCAAGUUUAUUUGAUUUUCUAAAGAGAAAUAGAUACUUCCCCCUUCCUGUGGAUCUUGUACGAGAGUUUGGGCGCCAGCUUUUGGAAUCUGUAGCAUGUCUGUAUAUUGGCCAUGGCCUUCAUAUUAUGUAUUUAUUUGGAUUCUCAACCAAUUACCUGCACAUCUUUAUUAGCCGCCUCUCAUAUAUGUCCGGGCGCCUAACUGGUUUUCUAACAAGGGCUAUUCUUGACUUUUAUCAUAAUUCUUUGAUAUGUUCAACAGAUAUGCAUGAUUUGCGGUUAAUCCAUACAGACUUGAAGCCAGAGAACAUACUUCUUGUAUCUUCUGAUUAUGUAAAGCUCCCUUCGGGCAAGAAGAUGCAAGAUGACAUAAAUUACAGGUGCUUGCCAAAGUCGAGUGCAAUUAAGCUAAUUGAUUUCGGUAGUACUACUCAUGACAGCCAGGCUCAUAGUUCCAUUGUUUCAACAAGACACUACCGAGCGCCCGAGAUCAUUCUAGGUUUAGGAUGGUCUUAUCCUUGCGACCUUUGGAGUGUUGGUUGCAUACUUGUAGAACUCUGCACGGGGGAAGCACUCUUCCAAACCCACGAGAACUUGGAGCAUCUGGCUAUGAUGGAAAGGGUGUUGGGAUCACUGCCAGAGCAUAUGAUCCGAAAAGCAAACAAGGGCGCCGAGAAAUAUUUCAGAAGGUCACGGCUGAACUGGCCUGAAGGAGCAGUUUCCAGGGAGAGCAUUCGAGCAGUACGGAGGCUAGACCAAUUGAAGAAUCUGGUGGCAAGGCAUGUGGACUCAUCGCGAUCAUCAUUAGUUGACUUGUUGUAUGGGCUGUUGAAGUUUGAUCCGCGCGAACGACUGACUGCUAGACAAGCUCUCCGCCACCCCUUCUUCGAUGCCCUUAGUUAAUAAUACCAGUUGAUCUAAAUUCGAUUUUGUAGUGAAGUGUACUAGAUAGAAACUCACUCUCAUUUUAGCCCAAUGGAGGAUAUUACUCUAGUCUCUUUGUUUUCAAGUCUGCACUAAGUACUGAAUUCGAACGAAUAAUACAUACCGAAACUAAGCUUAACCAAGUCUUAUGUUACAGCAACAAACCAGUAUUGGAUAAGCUUAGUAAUAAAUUUCAGAGAAGUUUUGUACGAGAAUGAAAAUUGAGGGGCUAUUGGUAUUUUUCACUUUGACCCCUAA